AUGACGCGAUUCACCUGUUUCACAGCAGUUGUACUCCUGUGCAUGCCAUUUGCUGUUGGUAAGAACAAUAAUCUUACACUUGAGCAAACUGUUACAUUGUGUAAUGCUCUGAAGCAGUUCAGGGGACUGAAAGAUGCCGUCCGUGACCUAAAAUAUUGGAUAACUACCGAAUCAUUGAAGAUAUCGAAUGCCAAGACUCGGAGUGAUGAACAGUUGAGGCGUGUUAAAGAGCCCGCUCAGGCGACCACAAAGGCUAAGGCUCUAGAAAAACGAGCCAGAGUUCUUGCUGCCAACGUUACUGAGGCCGUUAAAAAAGCGGAAAUUGUGAUUUUGGAAUCUGAUGUUGAUGCCGGAGUUCUUGGAACCAUCAGUAGCGCCUACGUACCCUCGCUUGAGGGUGCAUUGAAGAAGUUAGGGAACGAAGGAGGAACUGUAGAGGUGAAAGGGGUUGCAAAAUCAUGCAACAAAACCACUAAAAAUGUGACCGUUGAAUCUCUAAUACAUGCGCUGGACGAUAUGUUGCAAUAUUUCCCUGCGAAGUCGAUUAAGAGGUUGAAGGAAGCUACCCGCGACGCUUCCAACAAACUCCACAAACUCGAGGGCGCAGCCCAAUCCCUUGUCGAAAUAAAAAUAAAUGCGGAAUAUACUGAGUUUAGGGUUCGGGAAGCUGUUACAAAAGCUGUGUCUGCAUACGGAAAGAGGUACAAUCUCACACUACAACAGACACAAGCAUUGUGUAUUGCCGCUGAACAGUACAGGGCACUACCCAUUUUUGUCAGCAACAUUGAAGAAAUUUCCAAGACCAUGGCCCAAAAGGCUGCUGAUGCUAAAAUAAGGAGUGAUAAUGUUGUUCAGCUCGCGGAAGAGGCAAAUGAGGAUGGCAAAGGCAAGCUCUUGUCGCAGCGGGUGAGGGAGACUGUUAAUGAAAUUGCGGAAGCUGCCGAGGCGGCGGAAAAAGCGUAUCGAGCUUUAACAGGUCACUCGGUUUAUAUGAAAUCUGUUGCAGCCGCAUAUGCAGGUUCCCUUGAAAAAACACUCUUGUCGAUUUCUCAAUACGCCGCCUCACAAGCAACAAGGAAGGCUGCUGAGGCAUGCAGAGAGACGGCCGAGGUUGUAACACCUAAAUCUCUGGAGGACACAAAAAAUGGGCUUUUCCACAGCAUUCCCGCCCAAUCUUCCAAAAGACUAAAAAAAGAUACGGCGAAAUUGAUCGAAAGUCUUACUAUUCUCCACAGGGAAUACAAACAACUCAAUGCCGCGAUGCAGUACGCUCAAGCUGCCGAAUUAAAAUUAAACCGAGAGACCGACUACUCUCCUACUACUACACCCAUAGCAUUUGCGUCUUUUCUGGUGUGUUUGCUAGGAACUGGUCUUUUGUAG